CUUUGGGUUGCUUUUAGGUACCCUCAAAUGGCGGCCAAUGGUGGCCAAUGGUGGCCUGAGACGCUGUAAUGCCUCGAUUGUGAGGCUCUAAUUCGUCCAAUUUGCAGCGAAUCCCGGAGCCCUGUCAGCUGAAGUCCCUGCGGAGUACCUACCUCGCCUACCCACGGUACUUCCUACACAUGUCUAGGUAUCACAUCGAGCUAGCCGGCCUUAUCGCUAUGUCCACGUCUCCUGUCGCGGACUGCAAUUUAUUACUACUAUUUUCUCGAGCCGACAGAGAACCCGAGAGGACAAGUAUUUGUUCCUUUGUCAGUAUCUCCACGACGAGCCGCUCUCCAACUCGUUGUUCGGGCCAUCUCCAGCUCGAAGCCCGCUUCGAAUUGCCUCUAUUCGUUCUCUAUUUCCGACUAUUGCGACUUCUUGCGACCAUCAAUUGCGUGACUGGCCACAGAGGUGCAAGAGGAUAACGCCGUGUUGCUACCAUGCCGGCCACAGACACAGCUCCAGCCGCCAAUGGCGCCGCAGGAGAACAAGGCCAGGCGUCCCUGUUCUCCAAGAUUCUACAAGGUGUCCUGAUCUGGUUCGGUAUUCAAAUGCUUAUGAAACAGUUCAUCGGCGGCGGCAACCAGCCGAAGAUCACCACAGCAAAAGACUCCGACGGAAAUAUUGUGCAAAUACCCGCCAACACCGGCGACAUCCCUGCAUAUCAGCUUCGGCCCGCCACAUUGGACCCGGGUGCUACUUACAGCCGCAUCCCACAGCGUGUGGCCCCUAUCUGGCCAAGCGACAGUGCUGUUGAUAUUGUUGUGACCUUGUCUUCGAGCUUCGUACCUACUAAGAUUGCGAGCGUGCCCGAAGAAAUGGUGGCUCUGAAAGAGACGAACUUCAAGAUUGGGAAUUCGAGCGACAAGCGAUCUGCUGAGACUCUUUUUGACGUGCCCACCUCGGUACAGAAUAAUGGAACACUUUGGGGUCACUUCUAUUUUGGACUCACAGGUUCCAUUCUGGAUCCCAAGGAACCUGGCUUUGAUCCGGCCACCGCUGUCCACUUCACCUACCCUCUUACACAAUAUCUUCCCAAGAAGAAGAUAGCAAAAACACGAAACUUGCUAGAAGAUCAACCUGAUGUUCUCGAGGAGCCGGAAGAAGAGGAAACUGGACCCAUCGUUGCCAACUAUUAUCACCCAAAUACCAGUCUAUCUUUUAUACCUGACACUGGAGUUUUGAACUUCGCCCAACAACCACCGGCGGUUCAACAGUUCCUUGUGCUCGAGUCAACUGGCGCUCGUGACGGCUCUGGACAGAAUUCAUGGUACUACCCGAUUUUGUUCGUCAACCAAUUCUGGCAGAUGAAGACCCACAUGAUCCUUCUGAACGACACAGUCAAGACGCUCCCCAUGCGCCUUGACCUUGGUAACUUGAAGAAUUGGCAAUUCAACCUCAUGGCCACCAUGGACCUGAAUACCAAGCACCAGGCUCGACAAGCUGCUUUCGGUGGCUCUCUACCAGGAGGUAGCGAUGGCAGCGAAGUUGAACUUAUCAAAGAAAUUUUCCUAGAUACCAACCCCUGGCUCUUGGGUGUUACUAUUGUGGUCAGUAUUGCUCACUUGAUCCUUGAGACGCUCGCCUUUGGUUCCGACAUCGCGCAUUAUCGUAAGAAGAAGGACAAUGUCGGCAUCUCAGUGCGAUCAAUCCUUGCAAACGUCUUCAUGCAAAGUGUCAUCUUCCUUUACCUCGUCGACAAUUCUCAGAACACAAGUUGGAUGAUUCUGGGCACCCAAGGCAUUGGUAUCGUCAUCGAGUUCUGGAAAAUCACAACUGUAGUCAACGUGAGAAUGCGCCCUGCGCCGCCGGGCUCGUUCAUUCCGUAUCGCAUUACAUUCGAGGACAAGUACAAGCUCAGCGAGACCGAAGAGAAGACCAAAGAGUACGACGAGAUUGCCUUCAAGUAUAUGUACAUUGCUGGCGUGCCCCUGUUGAUAGGUUACGCGAUCUACUCGCUCUACUACGAGUCUCACAAAUCUUGGUACUCGUACAUCAUCACCACUCUUGUCGGUUCCGUCUAUGCUUAUGGUUUCCUUAUGAUGGUGCCUUCACUCUACAUCAACUACCGUCUCAAGAGCGUCGCUCACAUGCCGGGCAAAGCCAUGAUGUACAAGUUCCUCAAUACCUUCAUCGACGACUUGUUCGCCUUCACCAUCAAGAUGCCAUUCCUUCAUCGUCUCGCUACGCUCCGCGACGAUGUCAUCUUCUUCAUCUACUUGUACCAGCGCUGGGCAUACAAGGUUGACUACACCCGUGUCAACGAAUUCGGCCAGGGCGGUGAAGAUGAGCCGCCGAGAGAGCUCAAGGCGGAGCCCAAGUCGCUGCCUAAGGCCGAUCCUGUGGUGCCUGAGACGGUUGGGGGCGAAGCUAAAGCCAGUGGAAGCAACACCGGUGCUGCGAAGAAGAGGAAAUAAACUUCAUCUAGAAAGGAAUAACUAAACAUGUUUUAUGUCUAUAUUAAUAUUAGAAUAAUAUCUUUUUAGACAGAGCAGGCAUCGCCUUAAAAGUAAUCGAUAGAUUAACCUCCA